GAAUAUUUUCUCCCCGAAACUAGGUUACAACUGAAGAGAUCAAGAUGAUUCCAAAUUACUCUACUGAAGAAACUGUAAAAAGAAUCCACGUGGAUUGUCCCGUUUCAGGAAGACACAGCUACAUCUACAUAAUGGUUCCAACCGUUUACAGCAUCAUCUUUGUCGUAGGCAUAUUUGGAAACAGCCUGGUCGUUAUUGUCAUUUACUGCUACAUGAAAUUAAAAACAGUAGCCAGCAUCUUUCUUCUAAACCUGGCACUGGCUGACUUGUGUUUUUUACUGACUCUGCCACUCUGGGCAGCCUACACAGCCAUGGAGUACCAGUGGCCUUUUGGCAACUGUUUAUGUAAGUUAGCAUCAGCAGGGAUAAGUUUCAACCUGUAUGCCAGCGUGUUCCUCCUGACGUGCCUCAGCAUCGACCGCUACCUGGCCAUCGUGCAUCCGGUGAAGUCCCGGAUCCGUCGUACCACGUUUGUUGCCAGAAUGACCUGCAUCGCCAUCUGGCUUCUCGCCGGUGUGGCCAGUCUGCCUGUCUUCAUUCACCGAAACAUAUUCUUCGCCGAGAACUUAAACAUGACUAUCUGUGGCUAUCGGUACGACAACAACAACACAACGCUCCGGGUUGGCUUGGGCUUAUCCAAAAAUCUGCUGGGCUUUUUAAUUCCUUUUCUGAUCAUAUUGACCAGCUACACUUUGAUUUGGAAGACCCUGAAGAAGGCGUAUCAAAUUCAAAGAAACAAGACUAGAAACGAUGAUAUUUUUAAGAUGAUUGUGGCAAUAGUCUUUUUCUUCUUCUUUUCCUGGAUUCCUCAUCAAGUGUUCACUUUUUUGGAUGUGUUAAUUCAAUUGCAUGUAAUAACAGACUGCAAAAUCACCGAUAUUGUGGAUACGGCCAUGCCCUUCACUAUUUGCAUCGCUUACUUCAAUAACUGCUUGAAUCCUUUUUUUUAUGUCUUCUUUGGAAAAAACUUUAAAAAGUACUUCCUUCAGCUAAUAAAAUACAUUCCUCCAAAUGUCAGUGCACAUCCAAGCCUAACAACAAAAAUGAGCUCCCUCUCCUAUCGGCCACCAGAAAAUAUACGCUUGCACACUAAAAAGACUGCUGGGUCUUUCGAUGCGGAGUGAUGAGUUCUGUAAUAUGCUUUUCAUUAACGACUCUGUGAGCAAAGCAGCAAGCAUGACAAAAUUCAUCUGCAGUCCUGAACGUCACCACUUACUGCUUACCACAGAAACAUUAGAUCACCUCAGCAAGACCGUGCUGCAAAGGUUUAGCAGUGGUCUUUUAUGUUGUGAAGAGGACUGCUUGGUUUUUGUUUUGUAUUUCUCUAGCGAAAGCAACAGAAAUGGACGGGCACCUCAGAGUCUGUUAACAACCUGCCAUUUGCUCACAACUACAAAAGAAGGGUAAACUCCUAACUCCAUUUCAGAAGUCUUUUUGAAAGGGAAAGCAUGUACAAGUCAGAUGCAUUACAAGGACCUGUUUUGUGCACACACAAGCUUUUCCAGUCUUUACUCAAGGAGUUGAAGGAGCUACAUUGACUGUUUUGUUAAUAUUUUUUUAAAUGACAAAUAUAUUUAUAAUAUAUUUUCAAACACAUGCUAUAUAUAGAAGCCCAGUUCUAAACUCAAAUGGAAAUUUAAGGUCCUUGAAAUUGGUCUCAUUCUGAUUUAUGCUACUAUUUUUCAUUUUUGAAAUGGCUUUUUUUUCCCCAAGUAAUAUAUGCAAUAAAAUGCAGAUUUAUUUAUUAAAUAUAUAAUAAAUAUAUUUUUUAGAUUUA